GCUGGCUCUAAAAAAUGAUCAAUUGAAAUAAUUUGAGCAAUAAAUUUAGUGUAUGGUAACUGUUAUGAUAGUGACAUUGGAACAUUUAAACUACCGUACCUAAUAUUGCUGAUGUUAAUAUUGUUUCAAAUAAGAAUAUUUCUGUACAAUUCAAUGAUCUUUCAAAAUAAUAUGAAGAUUUAUUUUCACCAGGAAUUGGAAAGCUGAAAGAUACUGUGGAAUCACUUCAUUUGAAACCAGAUGCUGUACCACAAUACUUCAAGGCCAGAAAGGUACCUCUAGCACUCCAAGUCGCUUAUGAGAGGGAGUUAGAAAGUCUAGAAUCACUUCAAGUCAUCUCCAAGAUUUCCUGUUCAGAAUGGGCAACACCAACUGUUCCAAUUGUCAAGUCAGAUGGCUCCAUUCGACUGUGUGGCGACUAUAAGCAUGUCUACAACCAACAUCAUAGAUGAACCUGAGGUGGUCCAGUGCAACCAGCUUGGUGAAUUUCCAGUAUCUGCCACUGACAUAGCCAGGGAAACUAUGUCAGAUCCCGCUUCUAAGGAUCUCUACUAUUCGAUUGUACAGGGAAACCUGAAGAAUUCUGAGGAAUACACUAUUCAGGAUGGGUGUAUUCUCCGAGGCAAUCGCAUAUACAUUCCUUCUACACUUCGCAAGUUGAUACUUCAUGAAUUACAUGAUGGUCAUCUGGGCACUCAGAAGAUGAAGUCUGUGGCCCGCUCGUAUGUCUUCUGGGAUAACAUCGACAGAGACAUCUCCAACAUAACUCAAGCAUGUCCUGCAUGUAUUCGCUAUUCAAAAUCACCGGAUAGAGUGAUACAUAAGUGGCUUCCACCAGAUGCUCCAUGGCAACGUAUUCAUGUGGACCAUGCUGGCCCAUUUUUCAACAAAUACUUUCUCAUCUUAGUGGAUGCAUAUUCCAAGUGGAUCGAGGUCUUCUUUGUUCCGAAUCUAUCUUCUACAAGCAAUAUUCCUUUCUUCCGAGAAACAUUUGCUCGUUUUGGAAUGCCUUCUGUACUUGUUUCUGACAACCACAGCUGUUUCACCUCAGCUGAAUUCCAGACAUUUCUGAAAGGAAAUGGUAUUCGACAUAUGGCAACUCCAGUGAAACAUCCAGCUUCGAAUGGACAAGUUGAACGGUAUGUUCAGACGCUCAAGGCUGCAAUUCGAAAAGCACUCUUUGGCAAGCCUUCUCGAGACAUUCAUCAGGCUCUUCAAAUUUUCCUUCUCAGCUACAGAAAAGCACCUCAUUGCCGUACAGGCACUUCACCGGCUCAAGUGAUGUUUGGACGUGACAUACGAUCUCGUCUCGAUUUCAUGAAAAACGUAAUACCUCCAGCUGACAAACCAGAUUUGCAACUACGAAUUGGCGAUACAGUUGUUUUCCGUGACCAUACAACAGCUGACCGUACAUGGAACACAGGCUCUAUCAUUUCUUUUGAUGGCAGUGCUAUUGCUCUCAUCCAGACACAUUAUGGAAUCAUGAGACGGCAUAUGGAUCAAAUAAGGAAAAUUUCACAUGGCUUCCAAGAUGAUGAUGAUGCAACACUAGAUUUUCAAGAUCAAUUCAAUGUUCCUGCACCUGUGACGACUCCUGCACCUGUGAUGACUUCUCCUACUGUACCACAGGCCCCUGAGCAACUUGAUUUUUCUACACCGGAUUUGACUUCACCUGAAUUGACACCUACUUCUAUUCCACCGGAUUUGACUACCAAUAUCCCUGAUUUACGCCUUCCUGAAUCGGUUCCAGUUCUGCCCGAUUUGGAUCUGGGAUCCGCUAGGCCUCGACGACAUUGACGGCCUCCACAGCGCUUUUCUCCUACUCCGUAAAUUUCUUUGAUGGGGGAGGUGUUAUGAUAGUGACAUUGGAACAUUUAAACUUACCGCCAUAGCUGGCAACACAGUGGCAACACUGAAUGAGAGAACUUGAAGAUUUAUUACAAUUAUUAACAUUUAUUCACAAUUACAUUUAUUUACAUUAUUUACAAUCUAUAAAUACAAAGACAAUUAAUUCAAACACUGAUUUCAAUUCUAUACAUAUUGCUAAAAUUAAUUACAAUCAGUGUGAACUGGACUUGUUCUUCUCUGCUUCUCAACUUCUCUUGUUCAUGGUUAACUUCAGCCUAAAUUGUUCUGUUCUAUUACAUAUUGUAUUAUGUGCUUAUAAUAAUUCAUGUUCCCGAAUAAAAUUUCUUUCACUUCAAUAUUCGUUGUUUCUUCAACACAACAGUAACUACCUAAUAAUGCGAUCA